CCUUUUAUUCAUUUCCCACUCAGUCAGUGCUUUUGCAGAUCUGUGCAGGGAGCUCACCCAUUCAUCUGUUGGACAUGAUGUGGCUGCAGGAUCACGGCUGCUCUAUGACAUUUUUUCUGUGGAUUAUCUUGCUGUGGGGUAGCUUCAACUCAGCUGCUGCUUCUGCUUCUCGCAAACAGGACGAGUCAGUCUCCACGCUGAGUGUUUACAGAGCAAGAUGCAUCAGGUGUCUGAGCCUGCACAUCACUCGCAUCUCUGCCUUCUUCAAACACUUCCAGAACAACGGUUCCUUGAUUUGGUGUCAGAAUCACAAACAGUGUUCGAAGUGCUUGGAACCCUGCAAAGAAACAUGGGAUUUGAGAAAGAAUAACUGCCAAAAUCUCUGUGAGCCACUUUUUCCCAAGAAGCACUAUGAAUGUUUAACCAGCUGCGAGUUUCUCAAAUCUGUCUUGUCAGUGAAGCAAGGAGACUGUCCAGCUCCCGAGAAAGCCAGUGGCUUUGCAGCUGCUUGCGUUGAAAGCUGCGAUGCUGAUAAUGAAUGCUCUGGGGUGAAAAAGUGUUGUUCAAAUGGAUGUGGACAUACAUGCCAAGUACCUAAAAACUUGUAUAAAGGUGUUCCUUUGAAGCCAAGAAAGGAACUUAGCUUUAGUGAGCUGCUGCCUGGACAUCUUGAGAUCAAAUGGUCUUCAAAAUUCAACAUUUCUGUUGAACCAGUGAUCUAUGUAGUUCAGAGGAGAUGGAACUUUGGGAUACAUCCAAGUGAAGAUGAUGCAACUAACUGGCAAACUGUAGCACAGACUAUUGAUGAAAGAAUACAGCUUCCUGAGGUCAGAUCUAGCAGAUGGUAUCAGUUCAGAGUUGCUGCUGUUAAUGUCCAUGGAACGAGAGGCUUUACAGCACCCAGCAAACACUUCCGUUCCUCCAAAGAUCCUUCACCUCCACCUGCACCAACUAAUCUAAAGAUUGCUAAUUUUACUACAAACAAUGAUGGUACAAUAGCUGUUCGAAUUGUAUGGGAUCUUGCAGAGGAACCUGAUAUCCCCAUACAUCAUUAUAAAGUCUUUUGGAGUUGGACUACAAAUACCAAAUCUGUGGUUGCAACUAAGAAGAAGAGGAGAAAGACAACAGAAGGGUCUCACAACUUUGUCAUUUUGGAUGGACUUCAACCAAGUAGCAACUAUAUGGUAGAAAUACAAGCCAUUACAUACUGGGGACAAGUGCGUCUAAAAAGUACAAAGGUUUCACUUUACUUCUCCUCUACACCACCACCCUCGAAAAAGGAGCAAGAACCAAAAGUCAGCAAAAUAAAGACUGAUACAAUAGUGCCCCCUCAGAGAAAGAGAACAGCUCGCAUGCUUGAAAUUGGUGCUCCAUUUUACCAGGAAAAUCAACUUCAGGUGAAAGUAUACUGGAAAAAGACAGAAGAUUCCAAUUUAGGACUUUAUCAAAUUCAGUGGUUUCCUGAAUCAUGUGCCCACAAUGAUACCAAAGGACUUGAAAAAGCAUUGACACAAGAUAAUUAUAUCAUUCUCCCUGGACUACUGUUUUCCUGCAAAUAUAAAGUAAAUAUCCAUCCUGCAAGACCCAAAGGACAAUUGAAGGCUGAGAGUAUUUUCUUUACAACUCCUCCUUGUUCAGCAGUAAAAGGAAAAAACAACAAACAUAUCAACUGCCCAUCUGAAGGGGGUCAAGUUGUUUCCAAGGUCUUGGCAAAACCAGAAAAUCUUUCUGCAUCAUUUAAUGUACAUGAUGGUAACAUUACUGGCCAUUUCUCAUGGAAACUUUCUAAAGUAAAUCUUCAUCAGCCGAUGACUGGCUUCCAAGUUACAUGGGCAGAAGUCACAACAGAGAGCAGGCAGAACAGCUUGCCAAACAGCAUCAUUUCCCAGUCUCAGAUACUUCCAGCAGAUCAUUACAUGCUGACUGUUCACAAUCUGAGGCCGUCAAUGCUUUAUAGAUUGGAGGUUCAAGUAUUAACAACAGGAGGUGAAGGACCAGCAACAAUAAAAUCAUUUCGGACACCUGAUGUACUGCCGCCUUUACCUCACCGACCUCAUCUGAAGCAACACCAUCCUCAUCAUUAUAAACCAUCACCAGACAAAUUCUGAAAGCCACAUCAUGUCCUGAGUUAUAUCACUAGAAAGAACUUUGCAUGAGAGAUCUACAUGGAGGAUCAAAGUAUUUGUCCUUUGGACUUCAACCUCAUGCCAAUAGGAAGUCUUUGCUGAAGAUAUCAUCAAGAACAAUUACUAUUAAAGUCCUAGUUUGCAAUCUGUAGCACCUCAUGUCAGUAUUUUGAGGGGUACAUUUCAGCCACCAAUGUGUUUCUCUUAGUUCUUGUAUUUUACAUAGAUUUUUAAGUGCACUGUAUGGCACUUCUGUUAUGUGUAACAACUUAAUAAGCAUUUUUUUUGUGAAUACUAUAUAUUGUAAAUAAGACAUAUUAUAGAUACAUAAAACAAUUAUUUAGGACCAGGAAGCGAAUGAAUAAAUAAAGCAAUAAUAUACAUGAAUGUUAUAUCAGUUGUAUAAAUAAAAUAUAAUUGAUCUAAUAUUUUACAUUUCAAACAUUCCGCAUAUACAAUAUACGAUAAAAAUAGUAUUUAUAAAAGAGUAACACUAAUAUAUUUAAGACAAAUUAGUAUUUAUUAGGUUGCUCUUUAAACAUACUAAAUUGGAAGUAUUGAGCAGUUCAGAUGAGCACCACUCCGAAAGGCAAGACAGUUGUAUCUCAAAACAUUUUGGGAGAAAUGAAUAACUUUUUUGUAAUGCAUUUGUAACUAGUGAGUUAAGGUUUUGAACACUAAAUACCUUGAGUCCUCUGUGUCUAAAUUAGUACACUUUGCUUUACAAUAUUCACGUCUUCCAAAAUGUUUUUUUUUUUUUUUUUUAAGAUCCUAGUUUGUUAUAUAAAAUGAAGGCAAUUGCUAUGUAUCAAAAAUGCUCAGAGAAGUAAUGUUAUAUGACUAAUAUGUACAGUUGCUUGCACAUAAAAUGCAUUUACUUACCAUAAGUUAUUUUUCAUAUGACAAAUUUAUUCUCUCUUUUUUAUAACAGUACAUUUUACUCCUUUUAAUAAUGUCAGUUGACUAAAGAGCCAAAUAAUUCAUCAUGUUUCUGCAAAAGAAACUGAUGGUAUGAUAUUUUUUUGUAAAGCUCUUUAAAGUUUAAAAAUGAAUAUAGAUGUUAGCAGUACAUUACUUUUUUAUUUACCUUGUUUUUCACUUACUAAAAGAAGAUAUAUUCCAAUUUACUUCUAUUAUAACAAUGUGCAUAAUCUUUUUAUAUGCACACUUUUUGAGACACGAGCUCCUACUGAGCAUGUGCAAGAGUGCAUAGUGUAUGGGGCUGAUGGCUGUCACAUGAUACAGGGGAGGCAAAAUGGAAUUAACUUUGAAAUUUGCCAAAAAAAAAUCCUACUUCUUAGUAAUUCAAAGUGCUUUUACAUUGUCUUUUAAUUAUGCAUUUGUCAAUUGUGCAAUUCUUCUGUAUUUAAUAGUCUUUUAAGAUACUAUAAUUUAUGUUACCACAAAAGUAAUAUUAAGUAAAAUAAUCACUCUUUACAACCCAGUAUAUAUUUGUAUAAGAAUUUCUCUGUAUUUUCUUAGAUACUUAAUAUAUGUCGGUGCACAUUGGCUACCCAUGCUAUAGACUUUUUAAAAUAAAAAAAAGUAUUUGAGAUCUAUAUGACUGUCCCACAAAAGGUAGCUGGGAAUUUUUUUCAUUAAAGGGCUAUUGUCUAAGAUAAAAAGUUGUCAUACAGAUUGUUUCUCCUUAAUGAGUUUGCUAGCAUGAAAAUUAAUUCACUGAUGUUUUCAGGAAACAUCUUAUUUUAUGUUCAUCAGUUAUUUAUUUGUAAACCUUUAUUUGUACAUCUAGUGGCUUAAUUAUAUUUGUUUUAAACUAUCUUGGUUUUUUUUAAACUCUAAUCUGUAUUUGUCUUCUCCAACCAUCUUUGUUUUUAAACACUAAUCUACAUUUGUCUUCUCAUUUACUGUUUUCCCACAUCUGUUUUUAAAGGGACAGAUAGAUAAUCACUUUAUUAGCCAUUUUCGAGUUUUGCAUAACCAACACGGUUAUAUUAAUGCACUUUUUACCUUUGUGAUUACUUUGUAUCUAAGCCUCUAAAGACCGCCCCCCUUAUCUCAGUUCUUUCGACAGCCUUGCAUUUUAGCAAAUCAGUGCUGACUCAUAAAUAACUCCACGGGAUUAUGCCCAAUGUUAUCUAUAUGGCACAUGUGAACUAAUGCCCUCUAGCUGUGAAAAACUGUCAAAUGCAUUCAGAUAAGAGUCAGCUUUCAAGGGCUUAGAAAAUAGCAUAUGAGCAUACCUAAGUUUAGUUUUCAACUAAGAAUACCAAAAGAACAAAGCAAAUAUGAUGAUUAAAGUAAAUUGGUAAAUUGUUUAAAAUGACAUGCCAUAUCAGAAUCAUAACAUUUUAAUUUUGACUAGACUGUCCCUUUAAGUUAAGUAUCCUCAGCUAUCUUCCCAUCUGAGGGCCAAAUGCACACACAAGUACAGGGCUAAAUCCAGAUUUUGGGUUCCCUAACCCCACCAUAAAAAAAAUCACAGAUGAGAAAAAUCAUAAAUAUGCAAAUGUUUAUUACUAGAGCAAUAUUAUGCUGUGUUUUUCUCUAUACUUAAUGUAUUAAUUUUCAAUCUCAAAUAUUAUGUAUGUUAAUAUCACUGACAGCUUUGUAGCUAGCUAUUAUUUAAUGUAAACAAUUUCAUCCUCUGUCAACCCAAUGUGUAACUUGUUUUGGUAUUUUUAAUAUGUUUUAGUUAUCAUGGGAGUAAAUGUGUGUGACAUGGACCGCCAUGUUGUUUGUAUCCACUUGUGCUCAAUAUAUUUCCCUAAAUGGCUGGAGGCCAUUUAUUUAGUAAAAUAUACCUUGCCCCCAUUUGUAAGGUAGCUGCUAUUUAUUGAUUUUUCUUUUAGUGUGGUGCAAUUUUUUAUCAGUUUUAUUUGUACAUGUGUUCAUCAAAACUUUAUAUAUUUAACAUUAUGCAAAACAGUGUAUUGUAGAAACAACCAUGGUGUUAAAAUGUUGCAUGUACUGAAAUUAGCAUUGUAUUUAAAUUAUAAAUGAACACAUGCUGAUGUUAAUUAUGUGUUUUGCAUGUCAAAACUCAAUUCAACCGUAAUAAGCAUGAUUUAUAAUAGAAUCUCUUGAAUUUAUUUACAACAUUUUAUUCAAAUAUUAAGAAAAUAAUUUUGUUUGUAAAAAUGCGGAUUUACGUUUUUUUUUCUCGUAACAUAUUGUUUGUUAUUCAAUAUGAUGCAAACCUGCAUCUCUUUGGAUGUAGAAAUCAUAUUCCCUUAAAGUCAAAACAAGAACAUAUUUAUUUAUAUAUGUAACAAAAACACUUUUUUUGUGUCCUGAAUUUUUAAAACAAAAACAUAAAAAAAAAUGUGUAAAGAGGAUUUUGUAAAGAAAUUUGUAAAUGUAAAUAAUUUGCAAUGUUAUUCAUUAUUUCCAUGCUAGAAGUUGUACAUAAUGUUUAUGUAAUAAACUAUCCCUAAAUGUAACAA